AUGCGUUCAUCCUGGAUCGUCGCCCUCACCGGUCUCAUCGCGCCUUUGGUGCAUGCGGCCCCCAGCACUCCCCCUGAGCUUGAGGUCCGGGCUUGUAUUCCCCAGGGCGGCCCUCCAGGCCAAUGCUGCGAUAAUGUGCCUUGCCUCUGGUAUCCUGAUGGACGCAAAGCGUGCGGUGUUCGUUCAUAG